GGCUCAGGAAUCAGCUGGUUCCGGUCGGGGCCGCAGGGACUCGCCCGCCAGGGGGGCAGCGGAGCGGCAGCUGCUGUCCGGGGGAGUCCGGGGCGGGUUCUUUGUUCCGUGCCCCGGCGGGCUCUGAGGGAGGCUGGUGCUGGGUUUAGCGCGGAGGCAGGGCCGCCCCCUCCAGCGGGCCGGGGGGUGUCUGUGGCUGCGGAGCGGGUCACUGCCGGGGGGUCCAGCUGCGGCGCGGUCUGCCUGCCGCCAUGGGGUGGCCCCUCCCAGAGUCACCGGUGCUGGGGUGGUUUAUUCUGACGGCUGGAUAAGUUACUUGGCAGGAUGCUCCUUCCGGGCUCCUGGAAAAUCCUUCUCUUUAAGGUCGUUUGGUGGGUGCCCUGGAUGCAGUGCUAGAUUCUAAUGCGCGUAUUGCUCCAUUUCGAAUUUUACUUCAAGUUCCGGGAUCACCAGUUUACUCUGCCAUAGCAUGUGGUGCCACUUUAGAGGAGAUAAACCAGCACUGGGAGUGGCUGGAGCAAAACUUACUCCAUACAUUGUCUGUUUUUGAUAAUAAAGAAGAUAUUGUUAGUUUUGUCAAAGGGAAAAUAAAGGCAUUGAUAGCAGAAGAGACCAGGAGUAAACUAGCGGAGCAGGAGGAGGAUCCUGAGAAGUUUCGAGAGGCGCUAGUGAAAUUUGAAGCCAGAUUUAACUUCCCUGAAGCAGAGAAGUUAAUUACCUAUUAUUCAUGCUGCUGCUGGAAGGGUAAAGUUCCUCGUCAAGGCUGGCUUUAUCUGAGCAUCAAUCACCUCUGUUUUUAUUCCUUCUUCCUAGGCAAAGAAUUAAAACUCCUAGUUCCCUGGGUUGAUGUCCAGAAACUGGAAAGAACCUCUAAUGUCUUUAUGACUGAUAUCAUCCGUAUUACCACUUCAAGUAAAGAACGAGACUUCUCCAUGUUCCUUAAUAUUGAUGAGGCAUUCAGGAUGAUGGAGCAGCUGGCAGACGUAACGCUCCGAAGGCUACUAGAUAAUGAGAUCUUCGAACUGGAUCCAGGUCUCCAAGAUCCUACUCAGAUUACAAAAAGGGAUCUCGAAGCCAGAGCACAGAGUGAGUUCUUUCGGGCCUUUUUUAGACUGCCGGGGAAGGAGAAGCUACAUGAAGUUGCAGACUGUUCUCUGUGGACUCCAUUUAAUCGCUGUCACACUGCAGGAAGGAUGUAUACUUCAGACUGCUAUAUCUGUUUUGCCAGCAAAGAAAGUGGGUGUUGCAAUGUUCUCAUCCCCCUUAGAGAGGUGGUUAGUAUAGAGAAGAUGGAGGACACUAGUCUCCUUCCCAAUCCCAUCAUUAUUAGUAUAAGGAGCAAGAUGGCCUUUCAGUUCAUUGAGUUGAAGGACAGGGAUAGCUUGGUGGAGAACCUGCUUCUGAGACUAAAACAAGUCAACACCAGCAACCCAGUGCACUAUAACUGCUUGGAAAGAAAAGAAACGAACUCUCUCGUGUUUCAUUCAACAUGUGUGUUCAGUGACUGCGAGUCCCGGGAUUUGGGAAUGGUGGCUUCCCAAAGCGAAGACAAGAGCGAAAGUGAAAAGGAGAGCAGUCACUUGUUAAAUGCAGAGGCACUAAGAUCAGUGUUUCACCAGUCCGGAGCUGAAGGGAAUGACUUUAGGAUGUCCAGGGAACAAAUAAAAGAAAGACUGUGGAAUGACCAUUUUGCAGAAUAUGGCAGAACUGUGUGUAUGUUUCGCACAGAGAAGAUUAGAAAACUUGUUGCAAUGGGAAUCCCAGAAUCUUUACGAGGCAAACUCUGGCUCCUCUUUUCAGAUGCUGUGACUGAUCUUGCCUCCCAUCCUGGUUACUACGGAAAUUUAGUGGAGGUGUCAAUGGGCAGGUGUUGCAUUGCAACAGAGGAGAUUGAACGUGACCUGCAUCGCUCAUUGCCUGAGCACCCAGCCUUCCAGAAUGAAACUGGGAUAGCAGCCUUGAGGAGAGUUCUGACAGCUUAUGCACAUAGGAACCCCAAAAUAGGAUACUGCCAGUCUAUGAAUAUUUUGACAUCUGUGUUGUUGUUGUAUGCCAAAGAGGAGGAAGCUUUUUGGCUGCUGGUUGCUGUGUGUGAGAGGAUGCUGCCAGAUUACUUUAAUCACCGAGUGAUAGGUGCUCAGGUAGACCAAUCAGUAUUCGAAGAGCUUAUAAAGGAGAGACUUCCAGAACUGACUGAACACAUGAAAGAUCUGUCCACCUUGGCAUCCAUUUCCCUUUCAUGGUUCCUUACCCUGUUCCUCAGCAUCAUGCCCCUAGAAAGUGCUGUGAAUGUCGUAGACUGCUUCUUCUACGAUGGAAUCAAAGCCAUUUUCCAGUUGGGCUUGGCUAUUCUUGAAGCCAAUGCAGCAGAACUAUGUAACAGCAAGGAUGAUGGGCAUGCCUUGAUGAUUCUUAGCAGGUUUUUAGAUCACGUUAAAAAUGAGGAAAGCCCUCUACCUCCAAUCGGCAAUCACCAUGCCUUUUUCAGUGAUGAUCAGGAGCCCUAUCCAGUGACUGAAAUAGCUGACCUAAUCCGUGAUUCCUAUGAGAAAUUCGGAGACCACUCUGUGGAACAGAUAGAGCAUAUGCGCUAUAAACACCGGAUUCGUGUUCUACAAAGCCAUGAGGAUACAACCAAACAAAAUGUGCUCAGAGUUGUCAUCCCAGAUGUUUCAAUUCUUCCUGAAGAUUUAGAGGAACUAUAUGACUUGUUUAAGAGAGAACAUCUAAUGAGCUGCUACUGGCAAGGGAUGAAACCUGUAAUUCUGCGACAUGACCCAAAUCGGCCUUAUGCUGAGCAGUACAGAAUAGACUCUCAGCAAUUCACUAACCUUUAUAAACUUGUCUCACCAUGGACGUGUGGGGAACACACUCAAGUUUUAGCUGAAAGAACAUUCCGACUUCUGGAUGAAAAUAUGGACCAUCUCAUCGAAUUCAAAGGAUUUGCUAGCUGUUUAGAUGUUAUGUACAAUGGAGAAAUGAAUGAAAAGAUAAACCUGUUAUACAGGCUGCACAUCCCUCCUGCUCUCACAGAAAAUGAGAGAGACAGUCAGUCACCACUAAAGAAUCCUUUAUUGUCUACUUCGAGGCCACUAGUAUUUGGAAAAACAAAUGGUGAUACAGUAGAUUACCAGAAGCAACUGAAGCAGAUGCUUAAAGAUUUAGCCAAAGAGAAGGAUACUAAAACUGAAAAACCAAUGCCAAAAAUGAGCCAGAGGGAAUUCAUCCAGUUCUGCAAAACCUUGUACAGCAUGUUUCAUGAAGAUCCAGAGGAAAACUCUUUAUAUCAAGCCAUUGCCACUGUGACCACUUUAUUACUUAAGAUUGGAGAAGUGGGUCAAAGAAGCGGCAGCUUGGAGAGUGGAUCAGAUGAAUUGACUGAGGACCCUGCCUCAGACCAGGAUACUGUUUUUACUGACACUGUGAAGACUACUCAUCCAGAGACUCAAUCUUUACCUGGGACUGAAGGGAACUGGACUAUCUCCUUUGAACAAAUUUUAGCAUCACUCUUGACUGAACAGUCACUAGUAAAUUUCUUUGAAAAGCCUUUAGAACUGAAACCAAAACUGGAGAAUGCAAAGCUAAAUCAAUACUGUCUCAAACCAAAUGGAAUAAGCGACCAGUCACUAGCCGAACACAUGAAACUAAAUACACAGUAGCAAAUUUUCCUGAAACUGACCGCACUGAAGUUAUACCAAAGCAACAUGUUGCAAAGAAAGGUGUUUUGUUUGCUCUUCGGUAUGAGAGCUUUAAAAGCUAAAGGGGUGUGUAGUUUGUGCCACUGAUUUAUGAUGAUGAUGUUUUGAAUGUAAAAGGAAACAUCUGUGUGCACUGUGAAGACACUGCAGACCCAUUACAUAGAGGGAGAGCAGAAGGUGGCUCCAGUAGUUUUGUUACAGAGCUUGGUUUUUUUCAUUGGGGAAAACCCUCCUCAGCUACUGUCUGCAGUUUGUGGUGGUUUGGGUUGCACUAAUCCUGAAGACUUGUUUCAAUGCUGGUAAUUGAAACUAUUUUAAUAUUUUUGAUUGUAUUCAGAUUUGUAUGUCUUGCUAAUAUGUUAAGUGUACAUGGACUGCUUCUGAUCUGUGAAAACAUGCACUUUUCAAUUAAACCUUUUUGUACUGGA